AUGGUCUCUGUGAGUUGCCAGGAGCUGCUACCAUCCUUGACCAGCUCUUCCCUGCUAGAGAACUUUGCCAGUGCUCUGCAACGCAGCAUGCCACCAUCCCUUUUGCCAGGGCAUGGCAGCGAGUCCAGCCACCCAGAAGGCUCUGGCCAUCUCCUUUCAGGCAGCACCAACCACUCUGAAAGCACCUUUCCCCCCUUGCCUGGUGUGAAGGUGGAAGACACAAAACCUCAAGUCAGUGUCUGUGAGGCUCACCUCAAGCUGCCUGAUUUCUGUGGCAGCCUCUCCCAGGAUUUCAUUCCCACCCUGGAGGAGAUUGAGGAGUUCCUAAGGGAGAAGGAUGAGUUCCUCAAAGAUGAAGCAAGCGAGCUUCACCCAGCUGAAGGGAAGGUUGAGAUCAAAUCUGAGAUCAGCUUAGGUAGCUCUAGGGAGCAGACUAUCUCCAGUGUGGUUCAAGAAGAAGAGGUCUCAAAUGCUGCCCAGCCUGGAGGGACAGCUGAUGGUAGUGACCAGGCAGUAGCUGCUGGGAGCAUUCCUGUUGUCCUCCAAAUCCAGCCUCUCCAGAUGGACAGUGGCAGCCCACUAGCACAGAGUGUUACAGGUGGGGUCAGGAUAGCCCAGCUGGUUAUCAGCUUGCAGGGCCAAAACCUGUCCCUCUUCCCUCAGGUCCAGCCCCCUGUGACCAUCAUGGACCAAAAAUAUGUCAAAAUUGCCCCCCUGCCAGUCGCCAUGAGGCCAGGGGCACCAGGGGAUGUGCAGGAGGUGGAGGCAACCCCCACGUAUCAGAAAACCCUCCCUUCCCUCGUCCGUGUCCAUAAGUGCUCACACCCAGGCUGUGGCAAGAUGUACACCAAGAGUUCUCACCUCAAGGCUCACUUCCGUCGGCACACUGGCGAGAAACCCUACAGCUGUGCUUGGCCGAACUGUGGCUGGCGGUAA